ACGCACGUACAACAGUACACGCACAGAGCAGACGAUUCAUACUGUGAGUCUGUCAGUCAAUCCACUUGACCCACGCCACUCCGACCCCACCCCGGCCACCCCCACCACACACCAUGCUUCAUGCAUCCAUCCAUCCAUCCAUCAACCAAGAUAUCUGUCUCCUGGCAACCCUGCCGGGUGCGUCUGUUGCUGUGGCCAGCCAGACUGCUGCAGACAGGACGGCUGUCUCUGUACACACGAGAUACGAGAUGACAUUCACCAAGCAGUCACAUCUCGAGGCAACUACAAAGCAUUUCAGCUGCCCUCGAGCCACUCACAGCACUUCCACACAGAUGUUUGUAUGCACCUGAGGCCUUCAGACGAGCCGGCCAAAGCGGUGCAUUUAUGAACAAAAAUAUGGAUAUGCACACACACACACAAAAAAAAUGUAUAUGCGUUGCAGGCACCGGCGACACAGAGACGCGUACAUUACACGUCGUGUGUGCGCGCACAGCAGAUCGAGUGUGUUUCCGUCAACCACAAAAAAUAAAUGCUGCCUCACUCGCAGCACGAAAAAUAAAUCGACAGAUACCCAACACGAAAAAUAAAUGCACGCGCGUCGACUACGACGCAGCGGAAGAGUGCUGGCAGGCAGCCAUGGCGGCCACGGCGUCAUAAACGGCCUCGGCCGACACGGACAAUCCCACACUGUCCUUCUCGUCACUGCUCAGCCGAUGCCAAUCGACACGCAUGAGAUGAUGGCAGGGGGGCGUCAGAGCGGCCGUGUGGGAGUCGCUCUGCAAAUGCGAUUGGGUCGAGCUGACGGGCGACACCGAGCCGGUCAUAGGCAAAUCAUCUGCUGCAUGGCCACAUGGCGUCUCGACCACUGUGGGCGCCAGACUCGCGAAGAUUUCCGGAAUGGCCUCCUGCAUCCAACGAACACAUGAGCACAUACACUCGCAUAUACACUGGCAUACAAAUCUCUGGCUGACCGGUGGGCUGCCUUUCUCGAUGAGUGUUCGUUUGGCCUUGCGGAACGCCUCAUAGAGCCCCCGCCACCCGCCGGUGUGCUGCUGGUCUGUCGACGCCUCGGUGUCGGCCUUCUCCAAAUCACUGCCGUCGGCCAUCCCGCUGAGGGCCGCCUGGUGAAUCUGCUCUCUGCUGACGAGCUCGUCCACCACAUAGCACAAGUUGGCCUGGAGGUCGUGUAAUGUGAUGCCCUCAGACACCUCAACGCUGACAUAAUAAUACCCAGGCAGGCAGGCAGCGCUGACAUGAUGGACAGAGGAGAGGACAGAAGAUGAGAGAGCGGUCUCAAUGGCCAUACAUGUGUGUGUGGUGCGGACCUGUCCGCUGGUUGUGUUUCGAUGUGGGAGGCCCCCAGCUUGCCGGACUCCAGUCGUGUUGACACUGAACGCAUCACCAUCAUCACGUGUGUGUGUGUGUGGUCGAUAUCAUGAUUCUUAAGUAGCAAGCUGACCUUUGUCGGAGUGCUGGUUGCGAAGUAUAUUGGAGAGGUCGCUCGUCCGCAUGUGCCGCCAACCCUGGACACACAGGUCGGCCGAUCAUACGCACGGAGGGGUUCUCUUUCCUUUGCCUUACGGUGGCUUCGCGGUCGUCGGGUCUCGGCAGAUGGACGACCACGUAGCCCUGUCGACGGCUUUGCAUCUCCACUCGCCUUUGCCGCAGGCUCUGCACCAGGAACGCAUGGCUCCACAGAAACUCAUGGCUGAACAAACCACCAGACACACAGACACGCCAAGAGAGCGUCAUUCGCUAUGCAUUCCUGUGCGAGUGUGCUUACAAGUCGCCGGGCACGUGAGUGAGUUUGAGUCUCUCGACAGCGUCCUGCACGGACGCUGACGUCAGCUGCAUGGCCGUCACCACACGAUGGACCGGACGGCCGACAGACGGAUGGCACCCCACUGAUACAGCAGCGGCAGCAGCAGGGGUAUGGCCCUCGGUAGAGAGGGCCGCGCUGGACCAGUCAUAGAAGACCUUCGGCGAGAUGCGCCGUUUCUCCUCCUCUCUGCGGAUGAGCCACGACAUAAGGCAGCCCGUCACACAACCAGACAUCAAACGAGCUGCAAACGAUAUGAGACAACACACGCAGACAGAUGGAAGAAUGAUGAUAAUCCUGUGCUCUUCCGCUGCCCACCGAAAGCCUUUUUGCGGUCGGUGAGUGCCGUGUAUCGGUAGCCCACUUGCAGCAGACCAUACCGACAUAUCUGCGCCGCCAGCAUGAUAUAAUGCACCAAGUUUGCGACAAUGGCAACCAGCACGAGGCCGAUCGUCAGCUCCAGAGAGGUCCCCUCGGGCAGCAUAACGACAAAGUGCAUCACGAACAGCGACAUGAGCCACACCAGCAGACCCCGCAGCUCGGUCCGAUUGAGAAUGUCCAUGCUGCCUCCAUCGAAUGGCCAAACAGCGAAUUGCAGCGCCAGACACACAGCGGCUACCACCGUCCAGCCCAGCAGCUGUUGGCGGGGCUGAGCCGUUGCUUGCUGUGCGAUCAACAACACCAAUACACGUCUCAUCGCAAGCACAGCGUCCCAAUAGUAGAAGUUUUUGCGAUACCCGACAUAUAGGAAGCCGACCCUUCGGCGCGUGCGAUAGUUCUGCAGGCCCUCUCUGUGCCGCCACAGAAAUGCCACGCCACACACCACUGGGGAGAAUGUCCACAGCAAUAGACCAGUCACGGCAAUCCACAGAAACGGGGCGUGCUCGGCCGAUCGACAGAUGACAUGAGAGUCGAGGUCCAUUCUCGGCCGCAUGUCAUCCAUCGGGUUAGUGGGCAGCAGGCUGACACUUUUUUCUGCAGCGAUAGGCGUGACACCGUCCACAUAUGGGUAAGGCCGGCAGCGCAGGAGGGCCAGCAUGCUCUUGGUGACGGUGGGGUGGAUGAAGGUAAGGAUGACGACCAUCAUCGUGCCCCGGUUGUCGAGCCACUGCCGCCAUCGGCCGCUCUUGCGGGGCUCCGCUGGGGAAGGCUGGCAAGAGGGCGGCGUCACUGGCUCGGUUCGUGAGUUCUCUUGGAAGGUGACCGAUCGCUGGCGAGGGUCCUGUGCGGCGGUUUCGUCUUCUUUGCCGUUGGUCACAGAUGGCGGCACCGAGAGGGCUCGGAGGUGGGUGUCGGCGGCCAAUGAGGUCGAUCCGUCGCUGUCAACGCGCCUUCUUGCCCUGAAUGCAUUACGCACUCGGUCAAACCCGCCUGCUGCAGCCACGACACGGGCCAGAAACGGCCACCGUGCAUCGCUUUUCAGAGUACUUGUGUGUGGUUACCAAUGAGAGGCACAAUGGCAAGCCAGACGAUUGGCAACCCCAGCCACAUUGCGUGGCGAUAGAGCACGCACUUGUCGCCCACAUAUGGCCUCAGCAGACACUCCCAUAUCUGGUAGCUUUGCGGACGCCGCCACUCCAUGCGAAGAAGGGGCCGACCAGUGAGGAUAUCUCGUCGCCCCAGAGGGACUCGUCGAACACGAGGAAGGCCAAACCGCACACCUGCACUCACGUACGGCAACAAGAUACACGCGAUGGAAUGUGGGUGCAUAUGUCGGUCUGUCUUUCCUCUUACUGCGGUGAUGUGUGAGAGUCCGAUUUUGAUCAGCUGCGAGGGCACCUCAGCACGCAGAGAUGUCCCCGCCCUGAACAGAAACACGGGCAGCACGGAGGUCGACACACACAGGAGACGCAAAGGUCGAUUGACGGCCUCGCGUGAGAGGUACACGGCUGCAUGCUGACCGUUCCGCGAGUGCUGUCAGGAUGAAGAUGGCAAUCAGAGUGGCCACGAUGAGUAGCAGGUUGAUGAGAACAAUCACCCACAGCGGGGCACAUGGGGCGCACGGCUGCUGGGGCGUGUGACGCGAGAAACCCGUCUUGCACCGGUUGCAUACGAAUCCCUCAUGCCCCUCCUGACAAAACGACAAGGCAGACGAGCAUAAGACUGGCAACUGUCAGAGUGAUGUAAUGGGCUCCUACCGAGCAUAUGUUAAGUCCAUUCAUCCUGUUGGUGCCUUUGCAGGCGGAGGGCAAUGGACAGCGCAUAACGACGGGAAGCAGAGUCAGGCCAGAACCAUACCUGAAUAGAGCACACCCCGUCUGCUGGAUCUUACUCAAUUGCGGCACUCGCUGUUCACCCUUACGUCGUCACUUCUCGUGUGCCGUUCUUGUACGAGUCGUUAGAUUGCAGCUGGACAGUGAGCUGGAAGAAGCCCGGCAGCACACUCGCAUUGUAGUUGACGGGAACAGAGCAGUUCAACCCAGGCAAACAAUCCCGGCAGGUCCAUGUGACGCGACUCCCACCAGCACCGCCCUUUUCGGAAUUGUGUACGCCGACAGAUCCAGCCGUGCACGGCGCACACGGUUCGUCGUCGCGCUUCUCAUAAGCAAGGGGACAAAAACAUUUUGUUGAGCCCUCAUCGGACACUGUAAGCACAUACUCAUAGACCAACAGACCAGCAGUGAAAGUCGCAAGAGUGAUCGUCUUGUGCCUGUCAUGUCUCUCACCUGCAUCAUCGGGACAGUCCUUGCAUGUUUUGGUGCCGAUUUGUCUGUUGGAGAACUUGUUGGGUGGGCACUUGGCGCACAUCAUGCCGACGCCCUCGUAGCCGCCCACACACCGACAUAGCUUCUCAGAGUUAAAGGUGUCGUCUACCUGUGCGUUGCGUCAGACAGACACAACACGCAUACGUACCCGGAUGCACACUAAUGGGUGGAUCUGUAUGGGGAUGACUGACCUCAAUCUGGUGGAAAAUGGAGCAGAACUCGGUGCAUUCGUACUCGCCCUCCUCGCCUUCUAUGCCACGCACCAAGUAACCUACACGUAUAUCACAUUCACCACACAAACAGUAUGUAUGCCAAGGAAGUGAAUUGGUUCGUGCACUUGCCUUGUGGAUCGGGCACCAGGGGCUUCGAAGUGCUCAUCCGGCUGAAGUUCUUCCGCAAAUCCUGGUCAGAGGUACCACACGCAGAGCACACAGAGGAACGGUAUGAGUGCAUUGCGGGAAGAGGAAGGAAAAUGGUGUGUGGAUCGCUCACUAACUGACCUCGAUAUCCGUGUCGGUGACCGCGGCAAACCUCAGGUCGGGGUUCUCGGUGAAGCGGGCGUAUUCGACAUCGAACACGUCCCACUCGCCGUAGCCGGUAGCAAUCGUCACGAGGGAGUUGUUGUGGAAAUCGGCGUGGUUGAGCUUUUCCAGCCUCACGCCCCCCGUGUCGAUGGCCGUGAUGCUGUUGUCCCUCAUGUGCACUGACGCCAAGCUGGGAAAACCCCACAAUGUUUGCAGCAUCGCGUUCGACAACUGCAUGGAGGAACAAACCCACACAGACGGGAGAGUGCCCACUCAUCAGCGUUUGUUCGGCAGGAGUGGGAGGGGGGGGUUACCGAUAGCCCCUGGUCAAGCGUGCGAAUGUCGAAGCGCUGCACUUCCUGGGGGUUCAACGCGACAAAGGACUCGCAACGCAUCGCGCCGUAGAGGCCGCAAUUCGCCGCAGUCAGCACCAUCAAGCUGACAGGAACACACACAGGCAGAAGGUCGAUUUCAGUCGUGGAAACCGACACAUGCAAGGGAAGAUUGCAUACAAGCAACAUACUUCUUUCUGCCACUUGAGCGGCAUUAGGAAGUCGGUGACGUCGACAUUGAUGGGGUUGUUCGAGACGUCCAGGUCGGUCAGCGAGCCCCAGUCGGGCGGGGCGACACGCGGAUCCAGCAGCUGCCGCAUCACGUUCGAGUCUGUUAGAAUCACGCACAUGACCAUGCAUCACCACCUGCCCGCCUCUGCCUCUCUCUCUCUCUCUGUGUGUGUGUGUGUGUGUGUAUGUGUCUGUGUGUGUCGGGAGCUCACUGAGUUGCCCCAAUUGGCAGAAUCCAUCCGGGGUGCGGCCCCAAAUGGGCCAGCCUGUCCGGUUGAUACGAUUGUUGGCGAGGUAGAGCGUCUCCAGGCUGGGCAUCGACCGAAAGCCCUCCGGCAGCGCCGUCAGCCGGUUGUCGCGCAAGUCCAGGUAACGCAACCUGUUUAUCAAGACACACAAAGACCAUCCAUCUAUCCCUCAUGUCUGUCUAUCUGUCUGUCUGUCUGUCUGUUCAUUGGCCUGGUGGCUUACGAUCGUGGGAUGGAUCCAUUGCCGGAGAAUCCCGUUAUAAGGUUGCUGUGGAGAUCGGCGUACUCAAGGUUGGGGAAGACGGACAGGUCGGGCGAUAACUCGAAAAGGUUGGAGUGGACGUCCAGCCGACGGAUGCUCUCGUAAACUGGCCCACUGAGGUUACGGCCCACCAAACCCACCAGCCUGACACACCAGCCAUCCAUCCAUCCAUCCACAGUAUGUCGGCGGGUGGCGCUCCGCACCUACCGGUUGUUGGAUCCAUCGAAUCUGGUGAGGUUCUCAAAGCUCUCAAAGCCGAAGGGCAGAUGGCCACCAAACUGACACACAGCCACCAACAGCACAGACACAAGCAUUUGCCAAGUGCCCUUCCCCUUUGUGUGCCUUUCUUGCUCACCGAGUUGUUGGACACCCGCAGCGCCUCGAGCGACGUGAGGUUGCUCAGCGGCUCCAGAGUGCCGGAGAAGUUGUUGUUGCGCAAGUCGAGAUACUUGACUGACCUCCAGCCACUCAACGUGUCCGGCAGCGUACCGGAAAGCUGCAUACACAAACAACAAUUGUGGACAGGGAGAGUGCGUCAUUGUGUGUGUGUGUGUGUGUGUACCUGGUUGUAAGCGACCGUGAGUUGUUGCAGCUUGCUGAGCUGCCCCAGCUCCGGUGGCAUCGGCCCGCUGAAGCCCGGCCACUGCCUCUCCAGACUCAGAAACGUCAGGUUGGCCGCAUUGCCCAGGGAAGCCGGCACUGGACCGGAAAACUGAUGACAGAGAGAGAAACAGGCAGUUGUUGACAUACACAGGCAUUCUCAAAUACCCAUCUGCGCUUAUGCUGGUUGUGCUCUGCCUUACCCUGUUGAACGACACAUCCAGCUGUCGCAGGCUGUCCAUCCUGGUCCCCAGUCCGUCCGGCAGCGGCCCACUGAACCGAUUGUUGGUCAGAAGCAGCACCCGCAGCCGCCUCAGCUGCACCAGCGACCCGGGCAGCUCACCACUCAGCUCGUUAUUGGCCAGCGUCAGCUCGUCCAAGCGGGAGAGGGUGCCCAGGUCGCCAGGCAGAUGGCCCGAGAGGCCGGUGCCAUCGGGCUUCAGUCGGGUGAGGUUGCGGCAAGACGUUACACUGGCGGGGAAGGGUCCGUCCAUCUCCUUGUUGUCCCAUAUCUCCAGGACGCGUAGCCUCCUGAGAUUUCCGAUGUCUUCAGGGAUAGACCCUGAGAAGCUCGUCGAUGUUAGUGUGAGGGCCUCGAGGCGUGGUAGACUGGUGAUGGAGGGUGGGAUGGAACCGUUGAGGGCAUGCAUCUCCUGCUGAAUGUACAGGCCCUUGAGAUACGACAGCUCGCCGAUAGUGGUGGGAAGCGGCCCUGCCAAGGGGCCCUGGUAUGGACAAACAGCACAGACACAAACAUGUGGGUGGAUGAAGGAGCUGAUGUGCGUAUGAGAUGCAGCUCACCGCUCCCAACAGGACGAGGGCGCGUAAAGAGGUCACUUUGGAAAGCUCAUCGGAAAGCGUCCCCUGCAUGGGCACCUGGUAGGACCAGAGGCACAUCACGUGCCGCAGCCGAUAGAAAGCAUCCGAAAAGACGAGAGGCCUCCCCCGUCGCUGCUGCAAGAUCCCCGGUACAUUCGAUAUCUCUCUGUCGCCGGGAAACCCCGUCAGAACGAUCAGGUAGCCCUCUCGCGGGCCGCCGUCCGCCAGCGCCUCGCUCAGCCGCACACAGGUGAUGAAGGGGACGAUGCAAAGCUUGUCCUCGAAGAUGGAUCUCGUCUCGUUGGGAGCCAACCCGGCCUCGUGAGACCACUCAAACAAUGCGGCCGCAUCCUCUCGGCACGAAUCGCAGCUGACAAGCUCUUCCAUCUCGGUGUAGGGGAGGAUGUUGUCGCCUCGCUGCACUGCAUCAUCGGUCACCACAUCGGCCGGGCGGAAGACGAGAGAGAGCUGCAGAAGCUUCAGCCGCCUGGGAUCACGCCAGCCUGGAGGGAGGUCAGGGGAUGGAUCCGUCUCAUUGGCGGCCUGGAGGAUCCGCUGCAGGGGCGAUGACGCCGCCACCGACGAUAAGACGGUCAAAAAGAGGACAGAUGGCAACAUCACGAUCACGUCGGCGCAGCGAGAUCAGCAAAUGUCAUCGUCAAAACCUCCGCCUGAGCCGCGAAGGAGAGCCAGGCCUCCUCGCCCUGCCCUCCUCGUGCACCGCAAGCCCG